UAAUAUUAUUCUUAUCAGGAUUCACCGUUGUCACUACGGGAUACAAGUAUCUGAUAAAGUAACAUUCAAUAAAUGACGUAUCAUAUUUGAUGAACUGCAUACAUAUGUACUCCUGUGCUCCAUACAGACUGAAGUUUUAAAGUCGACGUGUACACCAAUACAACAACCAAAGGAUUGUUGAUAGAAAAUCGGAUUGCCAAUAUUGGUAUUACGAAGAAAGUUUUGGAAUUGUUUAUUUAAGCUUUUACUUAAAGAAUUAAGCUAAUAUGACAUCUGUUGAUAAAAGAAACGCAAUGGCGCGUAAAAAAUCGUUAGCACCUCCAGAUAUGGUCAGAAAGAAAUCAAUUGCACCGCAAGAAAUUCAUUUUGACAUUGAACGAAAAGGCUCACAAGAUUACGGAAGAAAGCAGUCGAUUUCUUACGGAUCGGAUAUUUCAAGAAGAAUGUCUAUGGCGCAUAGGAGACAGUCAGUGGUUGAAUCACUCACUGGAAGAUCAGCGCUUAUAUUGACGUCUAAUGCACAACAGAAAAAUGUUAAAUAUGAGAAUACAUACAAGCUUGAACCUGAGGUUAAGUUCCAAACUGACAAAAUCAAAAGUGUUAUUGAAGAAAUUUUGGAAAAUGAGCUAGCAGAUAUGACAUAUAAGCCAGAAAUUUGCGUAAGUCAAUCAAAAUUAUUAGCAGAGAAAAUCAAACAGGCAGUAAAAGCGCAGGACUUUGAUAAAUACAAACUUGUAGUGAUUGUAGCGAUAGGCGAAAACGAAGCAAGUCCAUCAGUGUCUUUUACAAGUCGGUGUAUUUGGAACGUUAGUGCUGACAAUUAUUCAGAAUAUGUGUAUCGUAACAAGUCGCUGUAUGCUGUAGGAAUGGUAUACGCAGUUUCUAUAGACUGAUUAAGCAAUAUGUGUAUAGGUAGAUCGUGCUUUAAUAACUCUUUUUCAAAAUCAUUGCUAUUCAGAAAAAUGUUGUAUUGAAUUUUCACAAUUGUGUCUUUGGUAAAUACAUUCAGGAAAUUUAAAAAUAUUUAAUUGUGAUAUAUUUCAAUUCAAAUGGAACGUAUUCAUUGAUGUACCGGUUGGACACAAAUUAUAUAUGUACAAUAAAUUGACUUAAAUGGUGUUUGACGAAUAAUGGCAUAUUCAAUUAUACAGAGGGCACAGUAUUAUUUUUUUUAAUGGUAGAGUUAAACGUAUGUAAUUUUAUUCACGUUUAAAAAAAAAAAGAAAUUCAAGAAUAAACAAAACAUUACAAUCUAAUUGAAUGGAAGACUUUGAAUAUUUAAGAUAUUAAAAAAUCUAUUGAUAAGAAUUUUGACAUAUUCUGUACAUAACAUGUAGGUUUGAAUACUAAUUUCUUUCAUUGCUUUGGUAAGCAUGUUCGAAAUCGAUUGAA